AUGUCUAUCGAGGCUUAUCUCCUAUACGUCCUAUCUGCAGCCGUUCUCCUGCCCUGUCUCCUGAGGAAUCGAUUUAAGAGGGGCCUUAGGGACAUUCCUGGCCCUUCAUUAGCCAAAUUCACACGUUUGUGGAAACUCCACGAUGUCUGGAAGGGUGACCACCACAAUACUGCAAUUGCUUUGCACAGAAAACACGGAGCUCUUGUCCGCAUUGGCCCGAAACACAUCUCCGUCGGAGACCCUAAGGCUAUUCCUAUCAUAUAUGGCUUGAAUAAAGGAUUUACCAAGACCGCUUUCUAUCCCAUCCAGUGCAUCUCGUGGAACAAAAAGCCACAGGUGAAUCUCUUCUCCGAUCGCGACGAAAAUCAUCAUCGUGAACAGAAGCGACUGGUAGCGAGCGCCUAUAGCCUGGGGUCACUUCUCGAAAUGGAGUCAGGGGUUGAUUCAUGCACACAAACUUUUCUGGACAAACUCGGCGGUUAUGCGGAACGGCAGGCACCCGUUGAUCUGGGAGCAUGGCUUCAAUAUUACUCAUUCGACGUCGUUGGGGAGUUUGUCUUCGCCAAGAAACUUGGAUUUCUUGAAGAAGGGCGGGACGUCGAUGGCAUGAUUGAGGCCAUUCAAGGGAUGCUAGUUUAUGCUAGCAUAUGCGGCCAAGUUCCUGAAAUGCAUCAUGUAUUGCUCGGAAAUCCCCUAUUUCCUAUCUUUCUCCCCCAGAUGGAAACAUGGAAUUCCGUGGUCGUGUUCAGCUUGAAAGCUAUCAACUCUCGCUUGUCGGUGAAACGCGACGGGGAACUAGAGAAAGAAGAUUUAGAGGGUGGGAAAGACAUGAUGUCCAAGUGGAUGGCAGUUCAUCGGCUCCACCCAGAGAAGAUGUCUACAACGGACUUGAUGGUCCACCUAUCAGCCAACGUGUUUGCCGGUUCUGACACCACAGCCAUUGCUCUCCGCGCAGUCUUUUAUUUCCUCCUCCGGAACCCAACAAUCAUGACGAAGGUUCAGGAAGAGAUUGACAAUGCCACGCGCGAGGGCAAGCUGAGCGAUCCAAUCUCUUACCGCGAGUCGAUUACCCAUCUGCCUUACCUAGGAGCUGUUCUCAAGGAGUCAAUGCGCCUUCAUCCGUCUACCGGACUGAUUAUGGAGCGCCAUGUUCCCAAAGAAGGUGCAGUCAUUUGUGGCAAGAACAUUCCCGGAGGAACAGUCGUUGGCAUCAAUGCAUGGGUUGUGCAUAGAAAUCCCGAGGUAUUCGAGGCGCCAGAUUCAUUUAUUCCAGAGCGCUGGCUCGAUAACUCACCCGAAAAACUCAAGGAGAUGGAACAGAGCUUUUUUGUCUUUGGCGCUGGAGCGCGAACCUGCCUAGGAAAGCAUAUUUCCUUGACGGAAAUGCACAAGUUGAUUCCGGAACUAUUGCGCAAGUUUGAACUCAAGUUGCGCAAUCCUGAGAAGGAAUGGAGGACCAAAAAUGUCUGGUUUGUCCAGCAGGAGGGUUUAGUUUGUGAUAUUGUGCGAAGAGGAUAG